AAGAUUAUGAAUGGCCACGAUAGAAAAUUGAUAGAAUAUGAUUGAAAUUGAAAUUGGGCAACCGAAGUUUCCAAUUAUGUUCUUCUUGGUUGAAACAUUCUAGAUUUCUCUCUUCCUUUCUAUUUAUACACACGCACACACUACCAUUAUUAUAAUGUUUUUAUUCUCUUGACAUCCAAAAGUAAAGAAUCUUGCAAAAGGAAGGAAGAAAUAAUUCAAACAAGAACAACAUAAUCCAAGCUUAUCAUUCUCUUCAUUUUUGAUAUCUUGUUCUAUAUUCAUUGUCAAAAUCCAAUCUUGGGAGGUGGGUCUGUGAUUAUAUCUCUUGUUUCUUUGUAUUUUCAAGAAAGUGUUGUUAUUUCUUCUCAAUCAGAUUUGUUCAAGAUCUUUCUCAUAGCUAUGCAGAGUCAGCUAGUGUGCAGUGGGUGUAGGACCAUUCUUCUCUAUCCAAGAGGAGCCGCAAACGUAUGUUGUGCAGUUUGCAAUGUAGUUACUACGGUACCACCACCUGGAUUGGAAAUGUCCCAACUAAUAUGUGGAGGUUGCCGUACAUUGCUAAUGUAUACUCGUGGAGCUUCGAGUGUGAGAUGCUCGUGCUGUCACACAGUGAACCUUGUGCCAGCAUCGGGUCAGGUUGCUCAUGUCAAUUGUGGCAAUUGCCGUACAACACUGAUGUAUCCAUAUGGAGCUCCAUCAGUCAAAUGCGCGGUUUGUCAUUAUGUGACAAAUGUCAAUAUGGGUAAUGCAAGGGUCCCAAUUCCUGCACUGAGACCGAGCGGGGUGGCAACAUCUGCAUCAACAGCCUCUACUUCACCGGCAAUACCACGUCCUCAAAGUCAAACCGUUGUCGUUCAGAACCCAAUGUCAGUUGAUGAAAGUGGAAAACUGGUGAGCAAUGUUGUUGUUGGAGUUACAACUUAGUCAAAAGACUCAAGACUGCACAGCUUAGUUCCAAGACAACACAAUUUCAAGAUUCUGUUUAGUUUGUUAAACUGGACUGAGAGAUGUGUUGUUUGUGCCUAUUAUUUGUAGGAAAAACUUGAUGUACAUUGACAGAAUAGUGAUUGGAAGUUUGUCACUCUUGGUUGUGAUUAAUGUAUUAAAUAAAUAUUUGCCGAGUAGCAAAUUAUUGCGUGUAAUACAGAACGUGACAAAUGUCCAUAUGAUAUCAAGACUCUGUAUGAUAUGCAGAUUUUUGUGUA